GCAUUGAUUCUGAUCUCCAGAGAUGGAUAGAUGUGUUUUGUCAAAGUUGUUACUCGUCGCUUUCUCUAUCUCUCAAUCUUUAUCACCCGUAUUUUGCAUUGACAGGAUGUUAAUUGCCGAAGCCUCAGAGGCUGUCAUCCUCAUGGCAGAAGCAAAGGACUAUAGCUUCGUCGAUGUUAAUUUCACGACCAUCCCUUUGAAAGGAUUAGUGCUUCCCGUUGGCGUCGAAUUUGAUCCAAGAAGUGAGAUGGUUUAUUGGACUGAUGCAGUCCUACACACUGUUAACAGGGCUUCAAUUAACGGGUCAUCACAGGACGUCAUUGCACGGUUGCAAAAUACCACCGGUGAUCGUCACUAUCCUUACGGUAUUGCCCUUAAUCUCGAUGACGACAAGGUUUAUUGGACUGAUCAAUAUCGUGGAAUCAUUGAGGUCUCAAACCUUGAUGGGACUGAUCGAGAUAAUUUGCUCUUCGUUGGCUUUAACUCUUAUCCCAACGGUAUCGUGUAUUCGCCAAUUCGCAGGAAGAUAUUUUGGACCGACAGAGGGCAGCAUCCAAGAAUCGAGACGGCUAACCCAGAUGGAAGCAACCGAGUUGCUCUUCUUGAUGGCGAUGUUAGUCCUGAUAUUUCCGAUCCGACUGGAAUAUGCCUCGAUUCUAUAGAACGGGGUCUCUAUUGGACCGAUCCUCAGGAGAACACAUUGGAAUACAUAAACCUUGAUUCGAUGGUACGCCUUCCAAGAUCCCUUCGCAAUUCUUCUCAUGACAUUCGACUUGACAUUCACCCUUUUUCGAUAGCGAAAUAUUUCGAAGAUAUCUACUUUUCCGAUAUACUGCUGGAUCGAGUAUUUGCUAUUGAUUUUCCGGUCGGAAGCAUAGCAUUUGUGCAUAUGCAGGUUAAUACCUCAACAGAAAUACACAUUCAUGCAGAUACGUCUUGUCCUAGUGUAAACUUAUGUGCAUCAACUGGAACGUGCGUUGUUUUCGAACGUCAACCUGUUCUUACUUUUUUGUGCAUUUGUGACGAGGGAUAUCACGGAGCCCACUGUGAAUCAAAUAUUGAUGACUGUACUGUGAAUCCCUGCUCGAAUGGAGGAUCAUGUACGGAUGGAGUGAAUUCAUUUACGUGCGACUGCGCUCCUGGUUAUUCUGGGGUCAACUGUACAACAGAUAUCAACGACUGUGAUCCCAACCCUUGUAUAAACGGAGGUACUUGUAGUGACGAGAUAAACUCCUACACAUGUGAAUGCGCUGUUGGUUACACCGAUAUUAAUUGUUUUACAGAUAUCAACGACUGUGAUCCUAACCCUUGCAUGAACGGAGGUACUUGUAAUGAUGGAAUAAACUCUUUCACGUGUUACUGCGCGCUUGGUUACACCGAUAUUAAUUGUUCUACAGAUAUCAACGACUGUGAUCCUAACCCGUGUAAAAACGGAGGUGCAUGUAAUGAUGGAAUAAACUCCUACACAUGUGAAUGCGCUCUUGGUUACACCGACGUAAAUUGUUCGACAGCAAUUGAUCCAUGUUUUUAUCAAACUCCAUGUGGGGUGAACGAGGAAUGUACAAACACUGACCUGGUGGAAAUCGGAUAUUUCUGUAAUUGCUCCGAAGGCUUCGUGAAACGAAAGGACGUCUGUAUGGCUUCAAGUUCCGUUGGUGGCUCGCUCAGAUUCGAUCGGGUAAACGGUCUACAUGUUUUAUUCACGGACUCUCUUGGUAACCCACAGUCAGAGAACUACCGCAAUUUAGAACAAAUUUGUUACAAAAUCCUCCGUGAUAUUCUGAUGGGUAAUCCAAACCUUCAAAACAGCGACUGGGACGUUGCUGUUACUGGUUUCUCACCUGGUAGCGUUGUUGCCGAGUUCAUGGUCAUGGUGUUUGACCCUGACACUAACACACUGAAAGACCAAUCGUCAGCAGUCGAAGCCUUUCUUGGACAUCAGGAUCCAGGAGUAUGGCAAGCCCAAGAUGGUUCUGACAAUCUUAAUGUUCUAACCAUUACUGCUUUCGGUGAAAUCUGCCUUACUUCCCCAUGUUUAAAUGGGAUGUGCCUGACGACCCCUGGGGACAUAGAUUAUACAUGCCGUUGUGACUAUGGAUUCACUGGACAACACUGUGAAACAGAGGUUACCUGUUCCUUGCCUUUCCACCCAUUCAGUCAUGUUGUUAGACCAAAAGGAGUAUACAGGGGAGACGAUUUUAUCACCAUACAAUGUGAUGAAGGAGAGGAAUCAGUUGUAUGGCAAUGCAAUGGUACAACAGGGACAUGGAAACAACUUGCAGACCUUGAUUGCGAACCUGAUGACAAUUCCGAAGGAGGUAUAUCCACUGGAGUUAUUGUAGGAAUCGUUGCAGGAGUUGUAGUAGUUAUCAUUGGAAUGAUACUUUUCUUUCUCUACAAGAUGGCUCAUAGGAAACGUCCGACGACGACUGACGGCAUGAUACUAAGGGAACAGCCGACAGGCCAAUCACAAGGACAAGGGCUGCAUGGAAAUGUCAACCAAGGAGCCAGAUUCGGUCAAUCCGAGCUUACCGGUGCAGGUGCUCUGAUCCGGGAUAGGACCGGGACGUUACCUGCAGCCCCUUUCGGUAAUUUCGGGCAGUUUGAGAAUAAGGAUGCGGGAGAUUAUGAAGAUUUGCCUCCAGCUUAUAAUUCCAAUCCCAACCAUGGCUAUGUUGGAGGCGCAGAGGGUGAAUAUGCUGAAGUGAUAUUCAAACAAGAUGGCAAACCGGAAGAUAAUAGUAAUUGCCCGUCCAAUAUGCCUCUUAGCAGGCAAAAUGUAUACAUAGAGGCAAUUACUGACAAUGAUGUUACAGCAUAAGCAACAAUAGUGAGGUUUUUGCAACCGCGCAACGCAGAACGCUUUUGGGUGGAUGUUUCCUAAAGCUGUUCGGAUAAUUACGAGUGUCUUACGAACGACUGUGUAUCCUUUCUUGAUGUAAAUUAUGCGCACCACUGUUUAAUUGGCGUGGAUAUUAUAAAAAGCUCCUAACAUAGGAUCAGAAGUCAAUUGUAAGGUCACUCGUAAAUUUCGAACAUCUUUAUGAAACACCUUACUGGAACAUAAAGAAUGUAUUUUCAAAUUUGCUUCAUUUUCAAAUUUCCUUCAAUUCGUUGUCGACAGUUUGUGAAUCGAAACAGCAAUUUCGUCCUGGACCCUGGAAAACGACAUGUUUGCAAUUUUUUGUCCGUUCUAAACUUAGAACGAAACUGCUGUUCCGUUCACCUAAUUUCGACAAAGAUCUCCCUGAAGUACGUUGUCAUGACGGGCAUUUGUCACUACAUUUGCUCCGUUCUUGAAUCAUGCAUACGUCGCUGAGCAAAAAAUUCUGAAGAAUCACAAAAAUGCAGAUGAUUAUACGAAUGCUCCGGGCUGAAAAUGGUUAUAUCUAAAAAAAUUGUAAAAUUCACAAAGCAAAAUGCUGAAAAUUUCAUCAAAAUCGGAUAACAAAUAACGAAUUUAUUGAAAACUAAAGUUAAGCAAUAUUUGUGAAAACAGUUAUACGUCAUAAUGAAUAUAUUCAAUACGUGGGCUAAUGAAGUUACAUUCCCACUUUCUUUUUUUUAAUGUUAUUACAUGAAAUCAUAAUUGUUUCUUUUUUUCAUACACGUGGGAAUGAUGUGUCUCCAUAAUAAUGACGAAAAUUGCAAUACAUAACCAAUGCACUUAAUCAGUUGUCAAUCCAAUAGUUUUUGGUAGAACCUUUUUUAAUAAACCUAAUUUCAUAUAAUAAAAUACAAAGGACCAAGUGGGGAUAUGACUCCAUCAGUUUGCUCAAUGAAUAUUCAUGAAGACAUGCCAAGAACUGCUUCACCGGAAUAAUGCAAGUCUUUAAAAUUCAAUAACUUCGUUUUCUGUUAUUGUUAUCCGAUAUUGAUCAAAUUUUCAGCAUUUUGCUCUGUGAAUUUUACUCUAAUUAUUGAAAUUUGAAUAUCUUCAGUUUGGAGUAUCCCUUUAAAAGCAUGCAUGAUACAGCUGUAGUCGAGGUUAACAUGAAGAUAAUGAGGAUGCGAGAACACGCUCAAGGCAAGUUAUACUUAUUGCAAUUAGAAUUGGGAUAAUUGAACAAUAAAGCGAUGAUUAGCAACAAUGACAAUUGCAAUAAUGAGGAAACGUUCAUGAAUUUUAUUUUAAAAUUUCAAAAUUCCGAAUCUCAUCUAAGUUGUUCAGCAAAAACGACUAAAGUAAGCUCAAAUUUACAAUAAGAUAAAACAAAUAAAACAAGUGAGGAUCUGUGCUCAACAACAUCACAUUUAGAUGCAAUAUCGACGAAAUAUUAUAAUUAUAAUCAAUUCUGGCAAAAAAGGUUUUAUUGUAUCGUUGAUGAUAAUGGACAACCUAUCGAAUGCAAUUGUGUCCCCACUAGUAAUUUAUUUCUUUUUUUUUUUUCAUUUUUGGGGUUUAAACUUCAAAUGGUCAAAUGAGACGAGCAUCACAUAUUUCCUCUUGUCGGAAAGUACAUAAAGAGUGAUAAUUCAAUGUUUGUGAAAAUGUCAGGGAUCCAAUGAAAUUCAUUUCAAUGAGCAUCAAUAUUAGAAAAAUUCGCUCACGUUUUCUCUAGUGUUCAUAUAUAGUGAAAAUAAUUCUAGAGAAUUCAAAGGAACACUUACAUGACUGAAAAUACAUAAUCAGUAAAUUAACUGCAGCCAUUAUGUUGAUGUUUUUUUUAAGAUGAAUAUAUUGUAGAGAAUAUAUUUUUCGUGGGUGAAUGAAAAACGAUUACGGCAAAAAGUUUGCUGCUACAAUAACUGAAAUACUUACAUCUUAUUGUAUUGAAUCGUUAACUUCUCAUUGCUGUAAAGUGUGAUAAUAAAAAUGAUAAAAAGAAAUAAAAGUAUGUGUAAGCGAGAGCAAAGAUGAGGAAAAUGGGAAAUGGGGAUCAUAAUCGUGUUUUUAAAUUAGGUUUUUAAAAUUUCUAAUUUGUAUAAUCUAUGUUCACGUAAAUUCAAUGAAAACAAAUAUCGUUUUUCCCCUUUUAAAAGAAAGCGAGUGUCAAAAAACUAAUUAAAGAUGGCAUAUUCCAAAUGCAGAGUUAACAGGUUAAGCUUGUUAAGGACUACUCGUAAUGCCACGAGUAUAUCUAAGUGGAGCGAUAUUUGUAUCAUCUAUAAAGUACUUUCUUACUUAUCACCCUGAGUGAUUAUGUACAAUUACUGAACAGCGUAUGGUAUCUUUAAACACAUGUUUUUUCAUCUCAUCGCAUGUUCAGCUUAAAAAAGGAAUAUAUAUCCAGAGUAAAGUAAUAAUACUAAUGAUUAUGAGUAUUGCAUUUGAAUGUGUAUAUGAUAACAAAUUAAUCAAUCAUACAUAGUGUUCUUACUAAAAUAUUGAAACGCAGAUGUUGUUAUUUUAUGCAAAGUAGGAAGGUCGUUAGUAUAUCAAUCCCUAUUUACCCAGUGCUUUAAUUGAAUAUAUGUGUAGUGACCAAACUAAUUUCUUAAUUUUUUUUGUUUGAUUUAUCUAUUUUUGACCACCCUACGACCAAUUCGGGUGUGGUAAAAUUUUAUCACAGACCGCGAAACCUAAUCACUUUUGGGUCACGUGGGCCUAGUGUCAUCCCGCCGAGGAAAAAUAGUCCUCCCCUUUAUUAUUUUAAAAAAACAUGUAUUAUGAUACAAUUGUUGGACAUAGAUGCAUGAAUAUAAAUAUAGAUAUAUAUAUUACACAUUAAUGUCGAUUUAAAUUAAUAUUCACUAGCAUAUCAUAUUUUGAUGCAUUAGAGUGUGACGUCAUUGAUAUCUAAAUGCGGAGAUAUAUUAGGCAAGGCCCGGUAGCUGGGCAGUGACAUUAUCCCGCGCACAACUCAAAACGAAGUCAUCGCGGCUUGUUGACCCUUUUAGAAGCUGCACAUUAGCUUUUGACUGUAGGUUUGCAGUUGUUAUUUACCAGGUAUGUUAAUUGAAUUUUAUCUGAUGUAUGUUUUACUUUGCUGGAAUUUAUAGGAUCUCGUUACUCGGAAAAUAUUCUUAUUUCUAUGGGAUUGUUCAUUUCUAGCCGGACAAAGUAGUGUUAGAAAACACACUGUUUUACAUUUUGAAUUGUGUCAUUAUGCAUAUCCAGCUUAUAACUUUUGAAUCUUUGAACACACCUUAAUAUUUACUAUGUACCACGAAAUAAACUGCUUAAUAUUUCAUGCAGCUUAUGUGAUUGACAGUGAUGAUAUUUAAUCACUUUGCAUUUUUUAUAUGACAUGUUUAAAUUCAUUCACCAAACGAUGGAAUGUAUAAUUAUGUACGUAAGCGUACUCUUUGCGAUCUUUGCUUACAAUAUUUAGAUUGAUGCUUAGUCUUAAAUAUCAGACCCGCUUUGGUCUUGCGAAAUUAAUUGUUGGGUUUUUGAAGUAAAGAUUUAUAUGUUGAAAUACAUAGUAGAUAACGGAUCUAUUCCUUUUUAUAGCCGCUGAUAUAGAGGCUGUUGAGUGUUCAUGGCUGCUGACCAUGGGCGCAGCUGACCAGGAGACAUAUAUUCCUGGGACCUUAUUAUACUAGGGUGAGUUAUUUUACCUUGUGAUUUACGCUAAGUUCUAACAUAUGACAAUCCGAGUCAGAAAUACUUUGAUGUCAUAAUUUCAGGUGUUUUUCCUUUCCGGAAGAUGAAAUUUAUAAUAUUAUAUGAUAAUCAAUACUGUAUUACGACAAUCUAUGAUAUUAUAUGAUAAUAAUUUCUACAUUGUUUGGUUAAAUAACUACAAUUGAUAUUCCAUAUCAAUUUACUUUAAUUGAACUACUUUGUACAGAAGUCUGAUAACUGAUGAUACAACUUGUAACAAUUUAUGUUAUUUUAUACUCAUGGUGUUUUCUUUUGUCUUCUGUAACAAUGCAGGGGUUUUCCCGUUUUUCCGUUUUUUCUUCUGUUUAUGAUUAAUAAACACUACACAACA